GAUUAUGCAUUGGCAUCAUACCUGCCCGCAAUGAUGAAGUGUUUCUCGGUGUCCUUAGCCUCUUUAUGGGUUCUCCUUGCUCUCUUUUCUCUGAGUGUGUCAUCUCAAAAUAUAUCUGAGAGUGGGCUACAGCAAGCUAGCCUCCCACCAAGAGGUUGGAAUUCCUAUGAUUCCUUUUGCUGGACAAUUUCUGAAGACGAAUUUUUACAAAGUGCUGAAAUGGUUUCUCAACGUCUCAAGGCUCACGGAUAUCAGUUUGUCGUGGUGGAUUACCUCUGGUAUAGGAAGAAAGUCAAGGGUGCUUACCCUGAUUCUCUUGGAUUUGACGUGAUCGAUGAAUGGGGAAGGAUGAUCCCUGACCCAGGAAGGUGGCCUUCUUCCAUAGGUGGGAAGGGAUUCAGUGAAGUAGCUAAUAAAGUACAUAGUUUAGGUUUGAAGUUUGGGAUUCACGUUAUGAGAGGGAUAAGCACGCAAGCUGUCAAUGCAAACACCCCUAUCCUAGAUAUAACAAAGGGAGGUGCUUAUCAAGAAUCUGGUCGAGUGUGGCAUGCAAAAGACAUAGCAAUGCCAGAAAGGGCUUGUGCAUGGAUGCCUCACGGUUUCAUGAGUGUAAAUACGAAGUUGGGAGCUGGGAGAGCUUUUUUGAAAUCCCUUUAUGAGCAGUAUGCUGCAUGGGGUGUUGAUCUCGUGAAACAUGACUGUGUGUUUGGAGAUGACUUGGAUUUAAAUGAAAUAAGCUAUGUGUCGGAGGUUCUCAGUGUGCUUAAUCGCCCUAUUGUGUAUUCUCUGUCUCCCGGAACCAGUGUGACACCAGCCAUGGCCAAGGAUGUCAGUGGACUAGUCAACAUGUAUCGAAUAACAGGAGAUGACUGGGAUAAAUGGGAGGACGUCAAGGCUCAUUUUGAUGUAACAAGGGAUUUUUCUACAGCUAAUAUGAUAGGAGGGAAAGGUUUGAAGGGAAAUUCCUGGCCUGAUUUGGACAUGCUACCAUUUGGAUGGCUAACUGAUCCAGGAUCAAAUGAAGGUCCACACAGAUUUAGUAAACUCACUCUAGAAGAAAAAAGGACACAGAUGACUUUGUGGUCUUUGGCAAAGUCUCCCCUUAUGUAUGGGGGGGAUGUGCGGAGGAUCGAUCCAACCACAUACGAACUUAUCACAAAUCCUACCCUGCUAGAGAUUAAUUACUUUAGCUCAAACAAUAUGGAGUUUCCUUACAUCACAAGCUCAAUUAACUUGAAGCACCCUGGAGGGAAAGAAAGAAGACUUAAGAAAGGAAUACAUUCAUUGGGUUUGACUAGCUGCAGUGAAUCAAAGGCGAGGGGUUGGUCUAUUGAAAGUCUUAACCAAGAUCUUGAAAGAAUCUGUUGGAAAAAGGGUUUAGAAAACAAGCAUCAGGCCCCUUUCUGCGUACACAAAAGAGAACUUCAAUUCAGAUUAGACGGGGUGAGUAUGUAUCAAGAGGACUAUCGAGGGAAACAUCAAUUAGUUGCAACUGACAGAAUGAAAUUUUGCUUGGACGCUUCUCCAAGACGAAAGGUUACUUCUAAAGAGUUCAAGAGAGGUACAUUUUCUCCAUGCAGAUGGGAUUCAAAUCAGAUCUGGGAACUGAACUCCAAUGGGACCAUGGUAAAUAGUUACUCCGGUCUUUGUGCAACUGUAGAGUAUAUUGAAGCUAAUGUUAAUUCUGGUGGGAUUCGCUCUUGGAUCGCAACAGGAAGAACAGGGGAAAUCUAUCUUGCUUUCUUCAAUCUAAGCGAACAGAAGACGGAGAUAUAUGCAAAGACAUCAUAUCUGGCUAAGGUUCUUCCUGACAAAAGCAUCACUUCAUGCAAGGGCGAGGAAGUGUGGAGUGGAACAGAUGUAAUAACAACGCAAGGGACGAUAUCAAUGAACGUGGAAAUUCAUGGAUGUGCACUAUUUGUUCUAAAUUGCAACUAGUUUGGCAUGGCUUCCAAUUAAUAUUUAAAAAAGAAAAGGAAAAGAAAAUAGCAUCCCAUUGUGUUGAGACUUUUUUCCCCCCAUAUUUAAUUAUUACUCUUCCUCUGGUGGGGUUAGGUGAAAUUUGUAUAUGUUAAUGCAGUGUAGUGCGGUACGUAACAGUUGGACCGCACCGUGUUUAAACAAACUACAUAGGAGAUUAUUAGUUGUAUGUUAGUCAGCCUCAUGCUUUUCCAAGUACGCGAUGGUUACUUUGGAAGAACACAUUUUGUUUUUUUAAAAUAAAAUCGUGGCCUAAUAGGGUAAUGUACCUA